GGGUGGCGGCAGGGCUGUUCACUGGCGAACGGAGAGGAAAGGGAAGGUGUAGCCUGUUCCGGGGAAGGAACGUCCAACAGGAUGUGAGACUGAAGUUUGAAAAUAGAUGAGCCUACGCCUUAAUAACCAGAGGACAUUCUUUAAUAACUGGAAGUUUCCCAAACGUGAUGGAAUGGGACUGAGACACCAUUAGCGGCUUUUGGUUUGUGACCUGAUACGUUGAGAUGUUUCAGUGAAACCAGUGAUAGUUUGCUGGGUGAAUCUGCAUAAGCAUUUUGUGCUUUAAUUAGCAUGUUGGGCAUGAUCUUAAAGGAGGAAGAAUAAGGGUCCGGGAGGGGGUGGAGAGGGGCCCAGACCAUCGUCUCCUUCCCAUUCCCCACCACGAAUGGCUUGCGAGGUCUUUUUCGCUUUCGACUCCCAUGGCUCUAGCUGUGAUCUUCUGAGUCUCCCCCUGCGGGAACCUUCUCUCUUCCUCUUCAGAUAUUCUGAUUGAGCCCUGAGUCAGACUCCUUGUCACGGACGGAGGCGCUUGAACCCACACAAGCAGAAAAACCAGCUCGAUAGUGACCCAGACGGACGAGGUGACGGAGGGCCACGUGCAGAUGGCCAGCCAGGCUCCUCACCACUGACCCCUCCUCGAAGCUGCACCUCCAAGAGCAAGACAAGAGGAAACGGAGAUUUCUGUCGCGCUGAGUCGGCGUUAUGCACAGCUCUCUCAUUGAGUCCUUGUAUCUACCCUGGGGGCCAAUUUCCUCAGCCAGGAAGACUCUGCAGGGAAAAAAGGAAGAGCUGCUUCUGAAGAGGUCUCUGCAUACUCCCAGAGCUGCUCACGUCCUGCUCCACAUGCAGCCGCCAGUGCCCUCUCCUGUCCCUGCGCUGGUCCCCUUCCCUGCCCGUGAGCGCCGCAGAUAACUCAGCCUGCUCUUCUCCCCUUCCCCAAGGGCACCAACUCUUCCCUGAACUUGGUGCUCAUUCCCACCUGGGUCCUCACGGAGCGGCCUGAGGAAUGCAACCCAGCACACCCCGUGGCAGCCCGCUGGAGCGCCCGGAACCGGAGGAAUGUGGAAGAGGGACAACCCCCUUCCAGGGCUUGUGGUCCCAGAAAAAGCUGGCCAGACUGGCUGAACCCCGCUUCCUGCACCGUCCUCCUACCCCUGACCUCCUCACCCCCAACAGGCCAGACCACACCUGCACUGGGCCACCAGUUGGGGGGACCCACAGAGAGGAAGCUGUCCAAAGCUCGCCCUCGACCUGUCUGGUCUUGGGGACGGACCGUGAUGUGCAUCGUGAUCCUGUAGCACCGAGUGCGUACAGGCAAGUCAGGACAGCCACCUGGGUCACCUCCUGUGAUCCACGUGCCAGUGGGAGGUGGGAGGCCUUUGGGACCCUCAGCUCCGUCACCAUGAGACUUCUCCAGGUGGUCCUCGCUGCUGUGUUUAUCAUUUUCCAGGUACUGCCCGCUGCCACCAGGGCGUUCAACUUUGAAAGACCCUGUUACCUGCGUGGUGGAAUCUGCCUGAAGCAAGGGACCCCAGACUGUGAGCCUUUCCGAGGGCCUUGCCGGGCGUUCACCGUUUGCUGCAAAGUGAAGGGCUUAUGGGGGCGGGCAGCAGCCGAGAAGCCCUGACCCCCGGGUCCGAAGCAGGGCGCCCCCGUCUGAAUAAAAGCAAACAACGUUCAGGUCUAACUAAUCAGUCAUCUUAUCUUUAGGAUUGAUUAAAGGAAAUCGUUGUUUUUUGGGAAGGGGGUGUCAGGGAGAGGGAGACAAUUUAAGAAUAAAAUUUUUAUUAUGCUUUACA